CGACGGCCAAGCGGAUCACCACUGAAGGCAGAAAACUACAGCGACAACUUUCGUUCUAAACACAGCUACUUCCGUGUUUGUGCUGACGCGUCGUGAGUUUUUUCAACCCUCUUCGGCGCAUACGUGUCAGUCUUCUUUCACAGUGGAACUAGAGACGGUCGGACACUUACGAACCAUGGCACCCAAAGGUAGCAGCAAACAGCAAUCCGAGGAAGACCUACUCCUCCAGGACUUCAGCCGAAACCUGUCUGCAAAGUCCACCGCGCUUUUCUACGGAAAUGCGCUAAUCGUGUCCGCAAUUCCAAUUUGGCUGUUCUGGAGAAUCUGGCACAUGGACCUCGUCCAGUCAGCGGUCCUGUAUGGAGUCAUGACACUGGUCAGCACCUACUUGGUGGCCUUCGCCUAUAAGAAUGUCAAGUUUGUCCUCAAACACAAAGUUGCCCAGAAGCGAGAGGAUGCCGUCUCCAAGGAGGUGACCAGGAAACUAUCUGAGGCGGACAACCGCAAGAUGUCUCGUAAAGAGAAGGAUGAGAGGAUCCUGUGGAAGAAGAACGAGGUAGCUGACUAUGAGGCCACCACCUUCUCUAUCUUCUAUAACAACACUCUGUUCCUGGUCCUCGUCAUCAUCGCCUCCUUCUUCCUGCUGAAGAACUUCAACCCCACCGUUAACUACAUCCUGUCCAUCAGUGCCUCAUCUGGCCUCAUCGCCCUGCUGUCCACUGGAUCCAAGUAAAGGAGGAAAUAAAUGACUGAGAAGAGGGAGGGGUGGCUGGGGUGAAUGAAUGUGAGGAGAAUAAAAUAAUCACAAUUUCA